AGGAGCGGGGCGGAGCCGAGCCGCCCAGUCACCGAGCCGCCCGCUGAGGGCGGAGCGAGCACCGCAUAACUGGGACCCGGGUCUGAUCGCGCAGUUCUCGCGGCCUGGUCUGGGGCGGACCCAGGAGGGGAAUUCCCCCAGCCGCGAUCCCCAUGGGGCUGUGUUUUCCCUGUCCCACGGAGGCCGCGCCUCCUUCGCCGGACCUGGAAGAAAAAAGAGCAAAGCUUGCAGAGGCUGCAGAAAGAAGACAGAAGGAGGCUGCAUCUCGGGGCAUUCUGAAUGUUCAGUCUGUGGAAGAAAAGAGAAAGAAAAAGGAAAAAAUAGAAAAAGAAAUGGCUACAUCUGGGCCCCCACCAGAAGGUGGCCUUAGGUGGACAGUUUCAUAAAGCAUAACAUGAGUGAAAGAGUCUACUGCCAAUAACUAGUAUCUGCAAUCAAGCGGACAUCCUCAAUUUAAUUUCUUCUCUUUGAAUAAAUGAAGAUUCAGACGUCGUAAUUUUAGUGCUCUUAAAUGCAGUGCUUUUUCAAAAUUGAAUAUUGAAAAUGCUUUUGAUUGUUAGACUUAGGAAAUGGCCAGACCUUUCAUUAAAUACUUAUUUUCCCUACAUUUGCUCUUCUGCAGACAGUGGGUGAUUUGCCGUUUUUUAGUAGUUAAAACAUGGGCCUAAAUAGUGAAUAUAUAUUUAUAUAUUGCAUGGAAAAACUCUGCAUACAUCUCAGAUAUUAAAGUUUGCACUUGUAUUUUCCCUCCUUUAUAAAAUGACCUAGCUAUUUAUAGUUUGCCGAUUAACCUUUUAUCUCUUUAUUUCAUUAUAUGUGAAGACUUUUGCUUAAACUUAUGGACUUAGUGCCUUUAAACUGGUCAUCAGGGAAAAUCUUGAAAAAUCAUUUGAAGGGCUUAUAUGAAGGAACACUGUAAAUUUUUAUAACUUACUAAGAAAUUAAUAUUUGUAGAAAACAUUGAAUUUCCCCUAAUUUAUUUCCUACUUCUGUAGCUUAUAAAAUUAACAUACUGUGUUUUACAUUAUAAUACUUUAUUUUUUGCUUGCUGAGUUUAAAAUUAUAUAUUAGUGGUGCCAUCAGAGGGCAGUGAUGUGCUAUUAUACAGUAUCAGAUUCAGCUCCGUCAGAGGGCAGUGAUGUGCUAUUAUACAGUAUCAGAUUCAGCUCCGUCAGAGGGCAGUGAUGUACUAUUAUACAGUAUCAGAUUCAGCUCCAUCAGAGGGCAGUGAUGUACUAUUAUACAGUAUCAGAUUCAGCUCCAUCAGAGGGCAGUGAUGUACUAUUAUACAGUAUCAGAUUCAGCUCUAUAAAGAUCUUUGCAGUAAUUGAAUGAGUUAAACUAAGAAUCUGGAUGGGUUAAAUAUAACAAAGUAUAGUGGUAAUGUGUUUGUCCAAAUUUCAUAGGUGUUUUUAUUCUUUUAUAUUUAUUAAAGAAUGAUCAUAAGAUUUAUAUAGAUGUCAAAUUGCCAAGGCAAGUAUGAAUAUAUGAAAGAGAAAUAUGUAAGUACUGUAUUUAAAAAGGUCUACUUUAAACAUAAAAAUAUUGUGAGGUAAUUCUAUAUGAUACAUUGCCAUAAACUUUGUAGAUUUUUGUUCAUUUGUAACAUGUAUUAUAGCAUAUUUGGUUUUUUGAGUUUUUUAAUAUAUAAUAAGCUAAAAUAGAAGAAUUGCUGUGUCUUUUAAUUUGGUUGCUCUUUUGGAUGACAAGGCCACAGUCUGAGCCCUAAAUUAGAAUUUUCAAAUAUUAAGUACAAUAGGGACUGUAAAUUAAAUAGACCAGCUCAUUUGAUUUACAAAAAGGAAACUGAACCACUAUCUCGCUCAUCCUUCCCACAAAUCUUGUGUUAUGUUGCAGUAUAUUAUAUAUGUUAAUUUUAAAGAGUUUGAACUAUAAUAUAGAUCUCUUGACUCCUCUUUGGAAAAAUCACUUCCUUCUAUUACAGAAUGAAAUAUCUGUGACUAUCCAGGCAAGAUAUGUAGUUAUAGACAGGUUCAAUUUUCAGUUUUAGAGAAUUAGCGGUAUGUUUGUUCAUAAAGGAUAGUGAAGUCAUUGAAUUAUAUUUUAGAAAUAUAAUUUUUGACUUUUUUGGACAUGAUUAAAUUUUCCAAGGCAGAAAGGAAAAAGGAACAUUAAUAGACGAAUGGAUAUAGAACCAGAGCAUACUAUCCUAGAACUGUGCACGUCCUUGCUUCUGUUUUACUAUGGAAAGAACAAUUUUAUCUGUAUUACAGCUUGGAUUGGUGUAAACAAAAGGUUUACAUCUAGGGGACAAUGCUCUAUUUCUAAUAGCAGUUUAUAUCCAAAUACCAUGCUUAUUUACUGUUGAACCAAGAAUGUUGUGCUGAUGAAUUGCUUUCUAGGAACAGUGGGAUAUGCCAUUCCCGCCAACCAUGGCCUGCCUCCAUGGGUGUGAUCAUGUUUCCUCAAAACCACAUGGGUUGCAUGGGCUAAGGGGUGAUACUCAAUGUUAGGAAUAGUGUUAGGAAGGGGAAGGAAAAAGGGGAGACUGGAUGCAUGAUAGGAAACCAAUAAGUGACUACUUAAAAAAAAAUGUAUAUGCACAUACACAUAUUCCAGGAAUCUUCCUCAAAGGUAUGAAUCAGUUCCUGAUGAAACCUUAGCCUAGAGCCAGUUUCCCAUAAUUCAUAAUUUAAAUAGGAAAGCAUUAUAAUGAUUGAUAUGUCACCCAAACUCCCCAAACAAAUUACUAAAAUAAAACCAAACAGUAAAAUGCUUAUAUGUAACUAUCAUGUUGAGAUAUAAAAUGCUUAAAUCACUACUUCUUCAUUCUAAUCAUUAAACUAUUACUAUGGUAACAAAAAGUUGUAUAUUACCACACAGCCCCUUUGCUAACAUGCUGCAUGUUUUUUAAAACAUCUGUAUGUGAUACUUUUUUUCCACUGAUUGUAUUUGGAAUGUAAUUAAUAGUUUUGUUAUAAAUGCUGUACUGCCUUACAAGGUACAAAUAUACAUUUUCCUAUAUAAGAAAUUGGCUUUGGCCAUCUGUUUAACACAAUUUUAUCUUUACUACAUCUUAAAUAAUUUAUAGGUAAGCAUGUUUCUUUUCCUAUAAAGAAAUGCUAUUAUUAGUCUCCUGGAUUUUUCUUAGAGAAAUACUAUAGUAAAGGUUCUAACUAUCAUCCUUGGUACCUCAGAAGAAUUGGCAUAAGCUAUGAAUUUUCUUUUUCUGCUCCAACAUUUCAACUUGUUUAUUUUCACUGAUAAGUAUUAUGCUCUGCCCUUAGAAGAAAAGGUAACACUUGUCAGUUUUAGAUUUGAAUAAUAUCUGCAUAAACAGAUCAGUAAGAGGUAGGUAGAUAUGUAUACCUAUCUGGGUUGAUAUUUAAGGUAUUUAAGGUAUUCCUUUAACAUCUCCAAGCAAGCAUCUCAAAUGCCCAUGAUUACUGUAUGUUCUUUAAGUUGAUUGAGAUGUGGUAGUUUUCUCUUUCUCAAAAGCCACUGAAACCAUCCAUUUGCAUAUAUAGCAGACUUUGAAACUAAGGUGUUGAGCAAGGUUGCAGAAUACGAAAUCAUUAUAUGGAAAAAGUCAUUUCUGUCUUUAUAUGCAAGUAAUGAACAAUCUGAAAAUUAAAACAAUGUCAAUCAUACAGUAUCAUCACAUAGGAUAAAAUACUUAGGAAAAAAAAAGAGGUAAAAGAUCUGAAGUAAAAACCACAAAACUGCUGAGAAAAAAAAUUUUUUAAAAAUAUAUGAAUGGUGAGACAUUCAUGUUCAUGGAUUGGAGGACUCAGUGUUGUCAAGAUGGCAUUCUCAAAUUGAUCAAUAAAUGAAACAUCCUAGCAAACUCUUGCAGAGAAAUUGACAAAACAAUUAAAAUUUAUAUGGGAAAUGCAAGAUUUAUGAUAGCCAAAACAAUUUUGAAAAAAGAACCUAGUGAUUUUCACUAAGUCAAUGAGUAAGAGCCAUCUAAACUUAGUCCUUUCCUUCUGAAUAUAGUCUCACUUUUCCAUAUUCUUUUUCAGUGCCAUUCAGCUAGCAGCUAGACCCCAAUGUCAAUUGUGACCAUGUUCUUAGCUCCACUUAAAAAGACCAUCAUAGGGCUUCCUUGGUGGCGCAGUGGUUAAGAAUUCGCCUGCCAAUGCAGGGGACAUGGGUUCGAGCCCUGGUCCAGGAAGAUCCCACAUGCCGCGGAGCAACUAGGCCCGUGUGCCACAACUACUGAGCCUGUGCUCUAGAGCCUGUGAGCCACGGCUGCUGAGCCCACACGCCACAACUAAUGAAGCCCACGCACCUACAGCCCGUGCUCCACAACGGGAGAGGCCACCACAGUGAGAAGCCCGUGCACCACAACGGGGAGUGGCCCCCGCUCGCUGCAACUGGAGAAAGCCCAUGCGCAGCAACGAAGACCCAACACAGCCAAAGAUAAUAAAAAAUAAAUUAAUUAAAAAAAAAAGACCAUCAUAAGAUGUGUAGGCAGAAAGAAUAACGCCACCCUCCCCAAAAGGUGGUCCCAUCAUAAUCCCUGGAAUCUGGGAAUAUGUUAUAUACCACAGCAAAAGGUAUUUUGCAAAUGUGAUUCAGUUAAUGACAUUAAAAUGGGGAGAUUAUAUUGGAUUAUCCAGGUGGACCCAAUCUAACCAUAUGGAUCUUUAAAAGCAGAGAACCUUUCCAACCUGUGGUCAAAGAAAUGUAAACAAAGAAGCAGCAUCACUGCAGUACUCUAUUGCUGGCUUUGAAGAUAGAGGAAGGGAGAACAUGUACCAAGGAGAUCAGACAGCCUCUAGAAGAUGGAAAAGGCAAAGGAAUGGAUUCUCUCCUAGACUCCUCAAAAGGGAACAUAGCCCUGCUGACAUAUUGAUUUUACCCCAUUGAGAUCAUCUCAAACUUCUGACCUACAAAACUAUAACAUAAUAAAUUUGUGUUGUUUAAGCUA